GCUUUUUUCAGUCCGUGCGGUGUCGCUGACCGAGAAGCAUGCCGUCGGCGCGAUUUUAGUGCUUUCACACGUGUUUUAGACUUCGGGAGGCGUUCGCACCAGGUUCGUUUUUUCUCCAAUACUUGUGUUAUUUGUUUCCCAUCAGUGUAAAUGGUUUCAUUUGAUUGAUCACUCGUGCUAGAAUAUAGUUUGUUUUUGAAGAGCAGGAACAGCUGGUCAAGAUGGAGUUCGCCAUGCAUAUCUAUGGAUUCAUAUUGAAAGUUUUAUCGUUUAUGAUCACUCCGAUCUUGGCCGUGAGAGCGUUUUUCGUCCAUCAGAAACCACUGCCUCCCAUCAAGAGCGAGUACAUCAAAUGUAGUGCCUCCGAGCUCGCCAGAAAAAUACGGAAACAAGAGGUCACUUGCGAGCGUAUAGUUCGCGCGUUCAUCGUGCGCUGCCGCGAGGUGAACCCUGUGCUGAACGCCAUCUCGGAGAACCGGUUCUGCAACGCCAUCGACGAGGCCCACACCAUUGACCAAAUGAUCGACUCCGGCGUCAAAACCGAGGAGGAACUCGAGAGGGAUACCCCCCUUCUCGGAGUCCCUUUCACCGUCAAAGAAAGCUGCGGACUCAAAGGUAUGAGGUUCAGUGUGGGAUGCACUCUACGAGACGGCAUGAAAGCCAUGGAGAACGGUGCGGCGGUGGAAAAGCUCGUCAAAGCUGGCGCUAUACCGAUAUUAGUCUCCAAUACUCCAGAAUUAUGCUGUUCCAUCGAGACUUAUAAUUUCAUCACCGGAAGGACGAACAAUCCGUACAAUAGAUUCCGUACAUCUGGAGGAUCUUCCGGAGGAGAGGCAGCUCUCCUGGGUUCUGGAGCAUCAGUUAUUGGAAUCGGAUCAGAUAUGGGUGGCUCUAUCAGGGUUCCUGCAAUGUUCAACGGAGUCUACGGGCAUAAACCAACACCUGGCAUUAUUGACUUGACUGGCCAUUUCCCUCUCGACCCAAGCCCGGAUUUCCAAAAAGUUUUAUGUAUUGGUCCGAUGACGCGAUACGCCGAAGAUCUAACACCAAUGUUCAAAAUAUUAGCCGGUGAUAAAGCGUCGUCGUUAAACCUCGAUCACAAGGUUCCAGUUAACAAUUUAAAUGUGUUCUACUUAGAUAAUUGUGGAUACCCACUCGGGAAUAACCAACCGACACGAGAAAUUAAGAAGAAAAUUCAUCAAGCAGUGAACCACUUUAAAAGUAAAAGCUGUAAAUGCGAAAAGGCAGAUCUUCCAGAGUGGGACGAUUCGACCGAAAUCAGUUUGGCUAGUUUCUUUGGGUCGAUACUGAAAUCCGUCAAUAAAACUCUCAACAACAUGUCAAUAAAGUUUUCCUUGCCUCACGAAGCCGUUAAAUUCAUCCUCGGAGCACCAACGUUCACGCUCGCGACGAUCCAUUUCACGGCGCUUCUCACAUUCAAAGCCUUCAUACCCAAGAAACGGAGGGAAAUGUACGUUGCAGAGGCUGAAACACUCAAGAAAAAACUCACCAAUCUAUUGAAAGACAAUGGUGUCCUCCUGUGCCCAACCAGUGCUCAACCAGCAUUUUACCAUGGACUUUUCCCACUGAAGCAAACACUCACGUGUCAAGCCUUCCUUUUCAAUAUUCUUCAUUUACCAGCGACCAACGUGCCUUUAGGACUUAACUCGCAGGGUCUUCCAAUCGGUCUCCAGGUUGUGGCAGGUCCAGGCCAAGACAAACUGUGUUUCCAAGUGGCAGAGGAGCUGGAGGCUGCGUUCGGUGGAUGGGUUCCUCCGCCAAGUUCUUAUUAGACUCUGAACGAGGAUCUAAAGCAUUGUAUACUAAAAAUACUCAAAAGUAAGGCGUCCUCAGGGCGUUUCACGAGACAGCAGAAGACAGUUCUAUCUACCGAUCAUCUGCUCUAUAGACAAAUAUGAGAACCUUGUGCAGCACC